UCGGUAGGUCUCUGUAAUACACACACCGUAGCAGUGUGUGUGUGUGUGUGUGUGUGUGUAUCACAGAGAGAGAGAGAGAGAGAGAGAGAGAGAGAGAGAGAGAGAGAGAGAGAGAGAGAGAGAGAGAGAAAUGGCGGGUAGGGGUCGCAGCCGAGUGUGGAGGGAGGUGGGGAUGGUAUGCAUGAUGGUGAUGUUGUCAGCAAUGGUUGAGAGGGUGACGGGGUUGAUCGUGGCGAAGGACGGUUCGGGGGACUUCAUGAAGCUUACGGAGGCGUUGAACGCUGCCAGCCCUGGGACUCGGAUUAUCGUCAAGCCCGGUGAAUACCGGGAGAAGGUGGUGGUGACGACUCCCAACAUCGUUCUGAUUGGCACGCCAGGGCAGUCCGUGAUCGUGCAAGGGGAGAGCUCCAAUUCCGCGGGCAGCACGUUGCUAUCCGCGACCUUCACGGUCAAAGCCAAGGCGACCGGAUUUGUGGCCAUGGGUAUGGUGUUCAAGAACGAUUACGGACGUAAUGACGAACCAGGAGAGCAAGCCGUUGCUGCGGCCGUCAUGGCAGACAGCUCCUUCUACAACUGCCAAUUCAUUGGCUGGCAAGAUACACUCUACGCCAAGAAAGGCCGCCAAUACUACAAGGACUGCUACAUCGAGGGGUCGGUCGACUUCGCCUUCGGCGCGGCAACGGCGCAGUUCGUAGACUGUGUGCUGUAUGCAAAGAGGAGAGGGAGCCUUACCAUAGCCUCUUACACUGCGCAGCAGAGGCUGUCGAGCACCGACACCAACGGCUACGUGUUCAUUGGCGGGCAACUCAAGUGCGAUGCGGGAGUGAGGGCUUUGCUGGGGAGAGCGUGGGGAAAGUUCGCCCGAACGGUCUUCAUCAAAGUGGCGAUGGAUAAUUGCAUCGAUCCGAAGGGAUGGAGCUCGGUCGGAGACUCGAACUGGGGAACCACCAGUUUUUCGGCAGAGUACCAGUGCACCGGUCCCGGGGCGGAUCGGUCGGGACGCGUGUCGUGGAGCAAAGUCUUGACAGACGAGGAGGCAGCGUACUUUUCGUCACCGACCUUCCUUGGCGGGUCCAGGAGUCCCCCUGGAGGUACCACCGCCGUUUCCAGCACUCCAGCUCCAACCAAGGCGCCACUCGAAGCCAGAUCGGAAUCGGCUCCCAGCUCAGAAUACUUUUCCAUCUCUGAUGAAGAUCUCGGCUCAGUUGCGGGUCCCAGCUCAUAUGAGGAUCUCGAGCCGCCCAGCUCAGAAUGGAUUCCCAUGUCGAUGGGAAGUGACGACGAUCAACUGUAAUAAUUGUCCUUCCCGCUCAUCACGCAAUCAGCUAAUCAGCUAAUCAAGCAAUCAAGCAAUCAAGUAGCGAUGUCUGUCUUAGUUGGAUCCUUGACUGAUCAAUCGACGACGAGAUCGCAUCGAUCAAGCAAUCGAAGUCCUCUGUCGAGAGAUCGUCGGCCAUCCACUCUGCAGAUGGGCAGUGCGGGUACCCGCGGCACAGCGAAUCAAUCAAUCAAGCCAUCACGUAGUGAUGGCUGUACCAGCGCCACAGCUAAUCAAGCACUCAAGCCAUC